AUGAUAGAAGAUAUAGAAGAAAAACCACAAGCUGAGGAAUCAAAACCUACUUUGAAAUGGAAAGAUCGCUACAAGAUUAGAUUGUUUAGAGGUAUAAUAUUGGAUUUAAAAGAUAGGCUCCCAUUAUAUUGGUCAGAUUGGACAGAUGCAUUGAAUUAUAGAGUCAUACCAGCAACUAUCUUAACUUUCUUCACAAAUAUUUUCCCUGCAAUUGCUUUUGCUCAAGAUAUGUUUGAUAAAACUGAUAAUUCAUAUGGAGUAAAUGAAGUUUUGUUAAGUUCUGCUUUAGCUGGGAUAGUAUUUGGAAUAUUCGGGGGUCAACCUUUAACUAUUGUUGGUGUAACUGGUCCCAUCACAAUCUUUAAUUAUACAGUUUAUGAAAUUAUGAAACCUCAUGAUAUUCCAUAUUUCCCAUUUAUGUUCUGGAUAGCUAUAUGGGGGAUGAUUUUCCAUUUCAUCAUUUCAAUAACUAAUUGUGUUAGUGCAUUAAGAUUCGUUACACAAUUUCCUUGUGAUAUCUUUGGUUUAUUCAUUAAUGUUGUUUAUUUACAGAAAGGUGUUCAAAUUUUAACUAGACAAUUUAAGCCUGAAGACAAUGGUGCUUCAGGAUUUGCUAGUUGUACAUUGGCUAUUUCAAUGGGUGUUUUGGGAUUUGCAGGAAAUUGCUUCAACGAAACCAAGUAUUUCAACCAUCAUAUAAGGCAAUUUAUUGUGGAUUAUACAACACCUUUAGCAAUGGUUUUCUUUUCAGGGUUCAUUCAUUUCGGUGGUUACUUAAAUAAUGUUGAGUUUGAAAGAUUGCCAAUCACAAAAUCAUUUCACCCAACGUCAAGAUUACAUUGGAUUGAUGUUACUGGUAUUUCUGUUGGUUCAAUAUUUUUGGCUUUACCAUUUGGUAUUAUCUUAGCUAUUUUAUUUUAUUUUGAUCAUUCUAUAUCUGCUUUGAUGGCUCAGGAUUCAAAAUUUAAACUCAAAAAACCAGCUGCAUUUCAUUAUGAUUUAUUUUUAUUGGGUAUUGUCACUGGUAUUGCUGGUGUUUUAGGUAUCCCUUGUCCGAAUGGGCUAAUUCCUCAAGCUCCUUUACAUACUGAAUCAUUAGUGGUUCGUAAUAGGGCAAAUGUUAUUUUGGGAACGGUUGAGCAAAGGUUCACAAAUACGGUUCAAGGAUUGAUGCUUUUAGGUACAAUGACAAGACCAUUGUUAGUUUGCUUAGGGCUUAUCCCACAAUGUGUUUUAGCUGGUUUAUUCUUUAUUAUGGGUGCUAAAGGUUUACAUGGGAAUGUCAUCAUCAAUAGAAUUAGAUUUAUAUUUUCACAAGAUCAUUCCUCAGAUUUAGCAUCUGUUCCAAAGAAGAAAUUAUACUUAUUUAUUUGUUUCAGUUUAAUUGGGUUUGUUGCAGAGUUUGGAAUUGUUAAUACCAAAGGUGCCAUUGGGUUCCCAUUAGUUCUACUGUUGAGUGUGAUUGGAACUUUUUGGUUCAAAUGGAUCUUUCCAAAAGAGGAAUUGGACAUUUUGGAUGGUCCGGUUGCUCAUGAUAAUACAUUGAAAAACUUGUAA